AUGUCUGACGAUUAUUUAUCAUCUCUCGGAACAAAGGACGAAGAGGAAGAAACAAACAUUGAAGAGGAUGUUGUUGAAGAAGAACAAGUAACACAAGAUGACGAUGAUGGAUUUAAACCAGCUGAAAUGUUGGAUGAAGAAUUUGGAGGGGAAGAUUCUGGUUUAACAGAUGAGGAAAAAAUUAGAAUUAUGAGAGAACAGAUGGGAGAUGAAUAUGUUAUUGAUGACAAAAAACAAGAAAAGAGAAGUCAUUUCACACAGGAGGAAAUUAGAAAUUUGACAGAUACCAAAAAUUUGUUUCAGUCUCCACUCUUUCGUUUUUCUUUUAUCAAAAUUUCAGAUAAGGUCCAAAAGUUGCAAUGUAACGCACCUCAAAAUAUUGCAAUUGUUGGUUCUUAUUUGUUGAGAACUAUUGCUAAACCAUAUAAGAAUAUUGAUAUUUCUGUAGUCAUGCCAAAGCCAGUCGAUCCUGUUUUUACAAAGGCCUUUGAUUUGGUUUUGCUUGAUGCUGAUGGUGAUUUCAAUAUUUUCAACAGAGUUACUAAGAAUGCUUGGAGAGAAAUUCAAUCUGAAGCCAACAAUACUCUCGCCUACAUGAAAGACGAAAAGAGUACCCAAGGUGUUGAAUUACUUUUCUUGACCAAGCACAACUUUUGGUACAAGUUUGAUGCAAUCUUGUCAGUCAAGAUUCCAACUUCAUUCAAGAAUGACGGUGAAAAGUCAACAUCUCAACUCAUUUCAAGCACUCUCGUACAGGCUCUCGAUGAAAGAGUUAAAUAUUUGAGAAUUGUUGAAAGCAAUGAUGAUACAGUUUUUGUUGGUCUUAUUUUAAAGAAGAAAUGGUUUGAACCAGUCACUGUUGGUCCUUCUCCACUCAACAAGGAAAAGACUGAAGAAUUUAAAACCUUCUGGGGAAAAAAGACAACCACUAAGGACUUUAAUGGUACUCUCCAUGUUUGUACUGAAUGGACCAUCAAGGAUACGGAAUGUUCUGUCAAGCUUUUAGAAAGUGUUUGUAGUUACAUUUUACAAAAACAUCUCGAUAAGAAUAUUGAAUGUACAGUUUCUGCUUCAGAUGUUUACUCCAUUUUGAAGACCAAUAAGAAGGAAUCUGAGGAAAUUAAUGCAAAGGUAACUCAUGCUUUUAGUAGACUCGAGGAAAUUAUAAUGGAAACAGAUAUCAACUUGGUUGUUGAAAAUAUUUCUGUUAUUUCACCAGAAUAUUACAAUGUCUCUGUUUCUUCUCCAAGUGUUAGUUCUCCAAUUUUGACAGUUUUGCAAUUCAGAAGUAAUGCUAGAUGGCCAGAUGAUGUCGAAGCUUUGGACAGAUUGAAACAAUUAAUUUAUUUGAAAUAUAGUGAAACUUUGCAAAUGAAGACAGUUCCAACAAGAAGAUGGAUUGAUAUUGUUUGUGAAGGAUUCACUUUCCGUGUUGUUAUCUUUGUCUCAAAGGAAAUUAAUAUUAUUAAGAGAUCUGGUCAAGCUCUCAAUCCAAAUGUUCACGAAUUGGAAAAGACUCUUACAGUUUUGCCAUUGCACUACAAAUACUCUGGUAUCUUUAAGAGUAACCAUAAGGAAUAUUCUGAAACAGUUAGACUUGCCAAAUCAUGGGUCAAUACUCACUUUAUGUCUGAUUAUCUUGAGGAUGCAGUUGUUGAAUUGAUGUGUAUGCACAUUUUUACAGAUCCAAAUUCACCAUAUCGUGCACCAAAGACUGCCAUUUGCGGAUUCUUUAGAUUUUUGAAUUUGAUUUGUACUCACUCCUGGUUUGAUACUCCACUCUUUGUAAAUACUUCAACAGAAGAUGAAGAAAAUGUACAAAAAGAAUUUGCCAAGUGUUUGAAUACCUAUGAAGAUUUAGAUGAAAAGCCAAGCAUGUACAUUGUUGCCUCCUACAAUAUGGAUUAUGUUUGGACCAGAAAGAAUCCACCAGCUAUCAUUGUUCACAGAAUGAUUCAAUUCGCCAUGAACACUGAAAUUGAGCUUAUUGAAUAUUUACAAACCUCAAACACUGAAUUGCCAUCACUGUUUGUAUCCACUGACAUGGAUAGUUAUGAUUUAAUCAUUCACCUCAAACAAAAUAUUGAUAGAAAAUUACCAACAGGAUUCAAUCCUUAUGAUUUACUCUACAGUGACCUUAAACAAAGAUUCUCUCGUUUUGGCCUCAUCUUUAAGGAUUGCAAUAAUACAAUGAUUACUAUGGCCAUUAAUCCAGAAGUUCUCUCCGCCAAACAAUCUUCAAUCAGUAAUACCUAUUGUAUGAAGCCAGCACCAAAUGUUGCCAAUAGUACAACUGGUACUGAUAAGAAAAAGUCAGGAUUAAUGUUGGAAUUGAACAUUCCUCAACUCAUGUUCGAGAUAAAGACAAUGGGAGAAGGUAUUAUUUCCAAGGUUGAAGUAAAUCAAGAGUCUCCUUUAGCGCCUUUCUCAACCGAAAUUCAACCUCCAUCUAUUGUUACUCCAACAACAACAACAAACAACAAUAACAAUCAAAGAACUACUACAAGAGAUGAAAAAACAACACUCACUGACAAGAAGAAUGGCGCUUCUAACAAACGUAAAAAGGGCCAAUCAGAGGAUAUUACCAACGAUGAUGGACCAUCCACAAAGAAGGUUAAGCAGUCGAUGAAGAAGAAGAAAUAA